CUGCUAUUAGCUACCCUUGAUGUGAAUAAAUAAUCCGGAAGGUGUGCAAAGGUAUGCACACAAGUUGUGUGCUUGUAGAGCAACAAAGCAACGAGUGGUCACUACCAUAGAGGCACACAUCAUCAACACACCUGCAUAUACUACAAAGAGAGUAGACGGGACUAAAUGGACACUUAAUUUUCGCCCGCUAAUUUUCGAGCUUUAUAAGUACGCGUGUGAAUACUCUCGGUCGGUAGUGACGUUUAUCUCUACAUCGAUACGCCCGCAACCGUAUGCUGUGACCUGUGCGUCAUACGCAUGUCAAACACUGUGCUUGGAAAUUAAAGCCAAUACGAAUAAAAAUAUAAACUCUGGAACUGUGAAAAGAGACUGCUGGAAUUUUAAAAACUGAAAGCACUCAGCGUCACGUGAUCCCAUCCAUCUACUGCUCAUCAAAACCGGAUCGAAUCCAAUGUACUGGCUUAUUGCUGCCGCCAUACUCUUGUUGGGGGACCGGUCGUUAUUGGAGGUCCAGGCUAGUUGCAAAACAGGUUCAGGAAUGGCCAUGUGUUGUCGUGGAAGACAACCAUCCUGUUGUAGUUACACAUAUGACAAUGGGGGAAAUUACAGCAGCCGGUAUCAGUACUGUCGCUACUCGCCUGGGACUGUGUUCUCCCUGAGAUCGGAUUUGCGCACAUGCUUUUGCGAUGAACACUGCACUCUGACCAACGACUGUUGCCCCGACUACCGGGAAUUGUGUCAUAAACCGGCGAUCGACUGCACCGUUAGCAAUUGGGGACCAUGGAGCGAGUGCAACCACCAGUGUGGCGCUGGAGUUCGUAUUCGACGAAGGCGUGUUACCCACCCUGCGGUGAACGGAGGACGUCACUGCCCAGUUCUUGAAGAAACCAUGCCUUGUCAGGGGACGAAAUGCAUAUCACGACGUGUUGGGCGUUCCGGAACUUUGAUGAUUCCAUUCAUGAACCAAGUACGAUCCGAAGUCGCCCACCUCCUUCCGAUGCGCAGCGACGUACUCCGUUUGACCAGACGAUGGGAUAUGCGUUUUGAUGAACGACGUAAACUCUACCUCGGUCGACUCAUCCAACAGAACAAGACGGAAGAACCGGAGCCCGAUCCCUACUGCGCGGUGUACGAAAUCACACACACAAAUCCGGCUUGUCAAAUGCACAAUAUCCUCUGGCACUACAACAGACCGAGUCGAUUGUACGACCAACGACCGAAUGACUACGCUUGGGGUCGACGAAACCAAGGAUGGCCUUCUCGGAACGGCAGAACUCCAGAAGACAUAUACACAUUUAACCGUAAUCCGUAUAUGCCGGCAGCCCACAGACGUGUGCGGAGAUCUACUAGAUCAAGUAGAUUCGGAAACGAUGAUCCAGCGGAAUUUGGAACUUCUGAGGAUUGGAGACAAGCUUGGACAACCCACUCGGCUCUUUUGCAACAAGGACAGCAGAUAUGUGUCACGUGUUACCCAAGUUACAUGCGAGAAGAGCUUGGAUUUCGGUGUUCUGGUACCGGAUUACUUAAUAUUGAGACUCGUUGGAGAGCUCUGAGGACAGCGGAUUGCCAUGGCAAAUUCCGUAUGCUCAGUAUUCCUCAGCGAGCUUGUACCUGUGGCCGUGGGACUGGGUCAUUCAUUUUUGUUUGAUAACAUCGGAUGAAAGGGAAUCAGCAACUUCGAAUCAACCUGGCAGAGCGUGAUUAUUGAUAUUACCAUAAUCAGUAUACGUUUAAAAAAAUCAAAAACAAAAACUGCACAUGGGUUUUUAUCGAAGUUGGAUGUCAUCCAGUUUAUUUUUUCAGUCAUCCCCUCAUUGUUUGCUUCGUGAUGAUUUUCACAGGUUUUCAUUGUUUUAUCAGUAAUUUAUUUCUCUAAAAUGCGAACCCAUCUCUAUGCAAGAAUAAACUAACACCAAUGAAGUUCCUGAAAUUUUCAAUAUCAUGUAUGAAACCACUUUAUCGAUAUCUCCUUUCCUGCCUACUUGUUUUUUCUACCAAAUCGGACAUCUAUGACAUAAGCUAUCAUCACGACUGAUGAUAUUUUCCCUCGGUAUGGAUUCCACUUUAAAUGAAUUUUUCAAACUCAAAAUGAAAUUUGACUUGAAGGCUAUGUGGACACCCGUCGGUCUUCUUGUGUCUGGUGCCUUGUUCCGACGAAGGUUCCUCUGAAAAUUCAAGACGUACUUUCUGCCGAUCCGACUGUAUCAAAAUGCUAUAUCGGCUGUUUUCCAGUCCUGCCCCAUGCCACAAAUGUACACGCUGAAUAUUCAAUGUCCUUUGGGACAUCACCGUUGGCGAAAACGUUCCGCUUCUAUUCAACUUCUGACCACAACUCCCCCUCUCUCACCCCACUAUUUUUCCAUUGUGUGCAUCUGUUGUUCACUUCUUAAGCACAAAAUUCUAGCUGUACUAGUCUAUGAAUAUUCUAUUUGACUAAAACGCAUUUGUCAACGGC